UAAGGAUGAGUGACAGGAGGAGGAGCCAAUCAGUGGCGGCGCUAGAGUUUAACAGUGUCGGAGGCUGCGGCUCUCGGUCUGAGCCACCUGCAGCAGCCCGGAGGAGACGGACUCUUCACCGCACCGUUAGAAACUCACCCCGCGGCGGCUCACGGAGAACCGCAAACUCACCUGAAAAAUGUUUCCAAAAUAUCUAUACUUCGUGUUUCUGAUCGGGGUUGUCUUCAAAACUGAAGUGACUAUGAGUAAUACCGCUGCUUAUAUGACCACCGGUGGGAAUAUGCCGUUUACAAGUUUCACGACCCCAAUGCCAACAACCUCAAGCAACAACAACUUAAUCAGCACCACUACAGCACCAGCUGCUACAACUCCAGUAGUUACAAGUACAACUACAACUCCAGCCACUUCCCCUGUCACCACAGGAAACCCAACCAACCCUCCGUCAACUCCAACCAUGGGAGCAACAACGUCCUCAGCAAGACCAGAGACAAACAGCCCCACAUCCAAUGAGACUGCAAAUACAACCACCGCACCUGGUCCAGCCAACAACACAACUAGCUCAUUUGUCACAACCACAACUACAAAUGCAACAAUCACAACCUCAACUACAAAUGCAUCCUUCACAACCUCGGGUACAAAUGCACCCYCCACAACCUCAACUACAAAUGCAAUAAUCACAAACUUUACUACAAAUGCACCCGCCACAACCUCAGGUACAAAUGCACCCGCCACAACCUCAGGUACAAAUGCACCGGUCACAACCUCGGGUACAAAUGCAACAAUCACAAACUCAACUACAAAUGCACCGGUCACAACCUCGGGUACAAAUGCAACAAUCACAAACUCAACUACAAAUGCACCGGUCACAACCUCGGGUACAGAUGCACCCGUCACAACUUUGGGUACAGAUGCCACCUCGGCCACAAACAGCUCUACUCCAACAUUUAUGACAACGACUAUAAACUCAGUAACUGCAGAACUAACUACAACGAUAAAGUCCACUAACACUUCUGAGACUCCCGCAUCAAACACAACACUCACAACUGGACCCCCACCCUCUUCACCUCCCUCCAGCUCUCUCCCUCCCAUCACCUCCCCAGGCAGUAGCAUCACACACCCAACUGGAAAAACCACCAGCCUUAGUCCUUCAACCCCACAAGUGACCAGCAUCACUAUGGAAACCACCACUACAAAUGAUACAAUAACAGCAACACCCAGCCACGCUAUUCCGACCCAGACAUCCACCAUGUCUACAACCGAACAUGGAACUACCCKGAUUGUCACCACUACCCUGCAGCCAACAGCAGGAACCACCUCCACAACAGCCCUACCCAUCAUCGUUUGUCCUUCUGCUCCAUGUCCUCUUCAAAGCGUCUGCCUCAGCAACACUUGUCAGUGCCUCUCUGGCAGCUACAUGAUGAAUGGACGUUGCGUACCUGCACAAGUCUUCCCAGGCACGCUUCAUUUCUAUUCGUUGCCGUUUGAUGAAGAAAUGAGGGUCCGGUCCUCAAAGAUAUUUCAGCAAACAGCAGCCAACAUCUCAGCUGCACUCAAAAAUGUCUUCAAAGGGGAGAAAGGUUACGUACGAUCGGAUGUCGUUCAGCUUCAACGUGGAAGUGUGCUGGCAACUGUAAACAACAUCUUUGAGGACACCAAUGUCACUCAGGAGUCAGUCAAUCAGAUCAUCAGCAGAGCUAUAAGCAGCUUCCCUGGUCUGCUGAGCAAUGCUACUUACACAGUGGCAGAUCUGUGUAAGGUGGAACCCUUCCCUUGUGAUGUUUCUACUACAAGCUGCACGAACAUGAAGGGCCAAGCCGUUUGCUCCUGCAGAGCAGGCUACGUCUCCAUGGUUUACUCCAGCACCAGCUGCAAAGCCUGUCCAAGUGGGCAGCGGGCAGAAGGAGAUAAGUGCCAACCGUGUCCGUUUGGGUACGCUGGAUUCAACUGCAGGGACUCGUCCCUGUUAGCGGUSGUGGUCAUCUCCUGCGUACUGGGAGGAGUUCUGCUCAUCCUUGUUCUGUUGGUGCUUCUUUACUACUGCUGGAGGAAGUGCUCAUGUAGGAUGCCGUCCUACAACACCAGUCCGUACUCAGACGACCUGAACAAGUCCUGGUCCACUGCCAUCAUGACCAUCCCUCGUGCCACCACUAACUGGGAAGCAGCGACUUCCAUCGAGAUGACGGAGGGGGGCAAUGUUAACGUCGUGGAGCAGAAAAAGCCCCAAAGCAACGGCUUUGGGUCUCAUCUGAAACGUAAAGAAUGGAAGAAGUCGGGAUCGUACGAUCUGGACCCAGAUGAUAUGCAGACCUUCAAAGGUAAACAUUCAUCUCGUUACUCGUAUCUGGUCCAAGGAGGUCACGAGAACCCCUACUUCCUUCCAGGAGACGAGAAGAAAAACUGAGGCGGAACGAUCAACAACGAAAAACACUCUGGAACACAAAUCCUGAGAAGGACCACAUUAUUUAUGAAGAGGAUGUACUGAAACCAAAGGGAUUUAAAAAUGCAAGAAGAAACUUUCAAACAUGUUUUUUUUUAUUCUUGUCAUCAUGUCUGCGUUUUAUAAACACAACCAGCAGGUGUCGCUGUUUCUCAAUGAYUUCCAUAUUUAAUCAUUUAAAAUCAAGCUUAUUUGCUAAUUGCACUAAAGUGUGUUGCGUUUACCACAUUUUUUUCCCCUCAGAAAUCAAAGGAGAAUGAAAAAUUAGCAUUUUGUAGCUGUAACUAUUUUCUUGAAGAGACUCAGAGAUGCAACUCUUGAUGACUAAAAGGGCUGGCUCCCUGGUUCGGUUGAAUCUUUUAAGGGAUUUAUGUCAUAGCAAUUGAACACUGAGUAUUUCUUGCAGCUGUUAUUGUAAAAUGUGCCUGUUUUAGUGCUCUUGUUUGUCAAAUAGGAAACAUUAUGCAACACUGUUGAUAAAACUUGUCUCCUGGAUGUGCCAUUUAUCACUUUUCUUUGGAAGAUUCUUUACAAAUGUAUUUAUGUUUGUGAGUGUGAGGCUGUUUUAUAAAGUUGUGAAGUUUUUGUAAAUAAUGUAAAGACAAUAAUGGUUUGCUGGUAAUAUAAAUUAAUUUAAACAA